AAUUACCUACUUGCUGCCUAUAUCGCAGUAAUGGCAAACAACACUCGCAUAAUAGACACUAUUUAUUGUUUACCAUAUUGCUUAGUAAUGCUUAGCAUUAGCUCGCCUAAUCUUUCGAUAAACAAAUAUUCAGUUAACGAGCUUAACCUUAAGAUUGGAUAGAAAGUUUCUAUUAAACAACCCUCUAAGUAAAAUAAGGUACAUUAUUUAGUGCCGGUGAAACGAAAGCCGACCCCGUAGCUAACUUAGACAGAAAAACGCCUCAUAAGCGUCAUUGCAGAUCGCACUUGUUUAAAAUGCGUUGCCGCCUGGUUUUUGAUACGAAGAAAAGAUUGUAGUAUAGUAUGUACACCUAAACUUCAAAGGAGGUUCACGUUAACAAAAAAGCGACACAGUGUCCAGUGACGGAGCUGUAACUUAAUAUAGUAGAUAUGGCUAACCAAAAUCGGACUUAUUCUAUUCAUCAAGGUUAAUUAAUUUUAAUUAUGCGUUUAAGAACAAUAAUCACCCAUUUAAACGAAAAUACCACACACUGUUAAUCCAAAAACCUAAUCCUAACAAAUAAAUUAUUCAAUAUUAUGAUUACUCGUCUCAUUGUAAAGUCAAAUGUAUAUCUGAGUUAUUCAUAUAGACUGAAUAGUCUGUGUCACAGCAGCUUCAGAACAACUCGUAUACUACGAGGCUGGAUAAGCGCGCGCUCAGGAAAACAUAUUAAAAAAAAAUAACAAAGAAAAAUGUUGCAUUCGUUAUUCAAAGUAAACGUGGCUAAUGUUGCUAUAGCGGUAUGCGGCAUUGGAGUCAUUUUAAUAUGGAAUCAAAUUAUAAGUAUUUUGCACAUAAUCUCCGUGUUGGAAGUUAAGAUUUUCCCGCAUGUUAUGAGGGUGAUGCAAGUGGCAAUCGUCGGUAUAUCUUCAUUAAACAGACCGGAUAUCUACCCUUCACAUGCGAAUGUUCAAGAUGGACAAACGUUUGACUUUAUAAUAGUAGGAGCGGGGACUGCGGGAUGCGUGCUCGCGAACAGACUGACCGAGGUGUCUGGUUGGCAGGUGCUACUUAUUGAAGCUGGGGACGAUCCCCCCAGCGCUGUCAAUAUUCCAGGUUUAUCAGCUUUAACAACAGACGUUCUACCAGACUGGAACUAUUAUACUGUCGACGAUGGAUACUCGAGCCAAGGGCUCAAAGAAAAGAGUAUCAGAAACUUACGAGGCAAAAUGUUGGGUGGAUCUAGUAGCCUUAACUUCAUGUACCAUAUCAGAGGAAAUAAAGAGGACUACGACGGUUGGGCGAGUGAAGGAAACGAAGGCUGGAACUGGGACAAUGUCACAAAAUAUUUCAUAAAGAGCGAACGAUUGAUAGACGAAGAGAUUUUAAAAAGCAGCUCGGCUAGUUUACACAAUACAAAAGGUUUAAUGGGCAUAACGAGGCCCAAUUGGGAUCACAAAUUGCGAGAAUAUCUCAACGCUUUCGAGGAAAAAGGACACAAACUUCUAAUCGACAGCAACGGACAUGAACAGUUAGGAAUAUCGACACCAACUUUUAAUAUUGACAACAAUUUGCGACAAAGCUCUGCAAAUGCUUUUUUAAGUCCCGUCAAAGACAGAAAGAAUCUAUACGUCCUCAAAAACACUGCAGCACGAAAACUUAUAAUCAAUCAGGACAAAAGAGUCACAGGUGUUGAAAUUAAACUACCUGGAGAGAAAGUAAUUAAAGUGAACGCUAAACAAGAAGUUAUACUCUCAGCUGGCACUAUGAACAGUCCGCAGUUGCUAAUGUUAUCUGGUAUCGGACCUAAAGACCACUUAAAAGAAAAAGGAAUUGAUGUAAUCUUACACUCACCGAAUGUAGGCAAUAACUUACAUGAUCAUCCCUUUGUGAUAGUAUCUCUUACGAGCAAACAUAAUCCCGUAUCAAUUGUAGAAAAUUUUGACGUGCUUAAGUAUCUUGACCGGUUUCCAGUUCCCAAUUUCAUGGGUUUCGUUGCUCUGAAUAAGUCUCAAAGCUACCCUGAUUAUCAGAUUACUGCUAUUCCUACGCCGACAGCUGGAAUUCUUCCGCCUUUCGUUUGUGCGUCAACGUUAGCUUACAACGAUGCAUCCUGUAUAGCUCUUGCCGAAGCAAUAAAGCAAAAGGAAUCAUUAUUUGCUCUCAUAUCACAUUUACAUCCAGAAUCCAGAGGCAAAAUUUUACUGAAGUCUUCAAACCCAGACGUUCCCCCAUUAAUUUAUUCUGGAUAUUUCAGUAACAAGAAUGAUAUAGAAAACUUUGCAAAAUAUUUGGUAGAUUAUGUGAGUGUGAUAAAUACGACAUUUUUUAGGGCUAUAAAGUCUGAAGUCGUUAAUAUGAAAGUCAGUCAAUGUGCUGGUUUGGAGUUCUUGAGUGAUGAGUACUGGAAGUGUUACGUUCUGAAUAUGGCGACGACGCAUUUCCACGCUACUGGGACGUGUGCUAUGGGAGGAGUUGGGAGAGGUGUAGUCGAUGAAAGGUUAAGAGUAAGGGGACUGACUGGUCUAAGGGUUGCGGAUGCAAGUAUUAUGCCUUCAAUUACUAGAGGCAACACAAACGCCCCAGUUGUUAUGAUUGCCGAGAAAGCUUCUGAUAUGAUCAAAAUUGAUCACGGAAUUCUUAUCAAGUUACGUAAACUGGAUAUAAUCAGUUUAGGCCAAAUCAGGAGCUAGGGAACAACAGCCUUUGGCUGUGAUCGUGGAGCAUUACAAUUAUUUGCAACAGUAUUUUUUUAAUGCCCAAGAGAGUAACGCAAUGACAGUAUCGCGAUAUUAUCGCAUAGAGUUUUACUUUUAUAUAAUUUUACAUUAUUAUCAUUUCGCGCAGAGUUAUAACUUUACAAAAAUGAUUACAUUUUGAACAAAAACAAUAAAUAAUUUAGUUUUAUUUUCGGAGAAUUAUUAAAAAAAAAAUGAAAGAAAUAUUUCUUCCCGCCAUCCACUCCCUCAUUUAUUUAUUUUUUGAAUGCCUUACAACAAUUAUAGCUUUAACUAACAUUUACGUAGAAAUAUUUAACAUCAUAUACAGAAUAUUUACAAGAUGUACAAAUAAACUUACAGAAAAAGAAACAGAUCACAUAUAAUCACGUUAUGUUGACAUACAUUAUAAUACUUAAGUUUUCUAUGCCCUUAAACUAUGCGGAUUUAUAACUAAAAAUUGUGAGGAAAGCAACCGAACUAAACUGUUUUGCAUUUUUUUUUGUAAAUCAGUUAUCUAACAAGUACAAUAAAAAUCCAUUUUAAACGUGUAUUUUUUUCAAUUAAAAUUUAAAGGUAAAGCUAUUGAAAUUGUAUGGGAUACUUGUAUUUUUUUAUAUCAUAUAUGAUUGUGGCAUUUUGAUAUUUAAAACAGAACUUAGUAGUAGUAUUUUUCUUGUGUUCGUUCUAUAUUUAACCUUUUUUUUCUAUAUUUGCUAUGAAUUAAUUAAGAGUCGUUAAACAAUGGGCAUAAAAAAAGUUAAGCCAAAUAUUUAAUUAAUCUACAAAAAUUGACUAAUUUCAAACGUUUUAAGGUGUUGUUAUAUCAUUUUAUAUAAUCAGUUUAUUUUUAGAUAAAUUAAAAAGAUAAUGUGUGACAUAAUUUUAAGUUUUGAUACAUAAAAAGUUCUAUGUUCAUUUUAAAUAAAUAUUUUUGUGCACAAUUAGACCAACAAUCUCGUUUGCAUACGGGGUUGAAAUAAAGCGUACAUGCUGAUAAUGUAGCUUAUUAUUGGUAAAUAAUUGACUGUAAUAAGUUAAGUGAUUUAGAACUUGAAAUAUAACAGUCACAGAAGUAAUGAGAGAUGAUAAAAAAGCUAUCAUUUACAGCACCUUAUUUCAUUAGGGAUAAGGUUGAUUUUCGUAAAUUAUUUUAAACAUGUGACACAACUAUAAUUACGCGGGCUAAGUUAACCUAUAAUUAUGUAAUAAAUAAGUAAAAUAGUUGCUAUAACUACCUAACUUAUCAAAGAACUAACUUAUUGUUUGAUUACAUGUUAAUAUAAAAAAAACGGUCGAAAAAACGUAAUUUAAACGAAGAAGUUUAACGAAUUUUAAACAUUGCCAUGUUGCAUGGUUCAAGUUGAAUUAUCAUUUCUAAUUGAAAGAUUGCCGAUAGAUCUAAACAAAUGUAAACUACGGUCAGCAAGAAAAGUCGUUAAAUAAAAUUAGAUUUACGAACUGAAAAAAUUGUUAUAAUAUUUGUGUUUAGAAUCAUCUAUAAUAUUUGUGUUUAGAAAGAUUUUAGUAGACAUUUAUUCGAGUGUUUUCAGGAGCCUUGUAAAUCUGAUAAUGUUUAUACUUUAAUUGCUGACUGUAAAUAAUAAGAUAACGUGAUUAUAUGUAAUUCAUCUAUAGUUAGAAAUAACAGGCAGAUACAGGUUACGAUUCUGAAAUUACAAAAAUAAUACAUAGCUAUAUAAAUAUCCCUCUAUAUAUGAAUAUUUAAAUUAACUUCAUCUGCUAAUGUAUAUUGGAAAUGUUAAUAUUUACUCUUAUCCUAGGUUUUAAGCUGUACGCGAGGCAACGCAAACCCAACACACGAUGACUAAUCUUCUAGUCACAGUUAAAAUUCAUAGUUAGAAGGUAUAUUCAACUAAACAAAUUAUUUUUAGGGGUUCUCACAUUGGCACGCGUCGUUGGAGACUCAAGUAAGGUAUCGGAAACUUGAGUUGCCUCGUGUAUAAGAGCCUUAUAAGUAAAUUACUUUAACAAUAAAAAUAAAUAAACUUGUUAGGUUUAAA